AUGAGCGAAUCUCAACCGGCCCCGCUUUACCGAGACCGUCGCCUUGACAUUAUUCAGCUUUACUUACUCGAAGGCUUGAAACUCGAGGAAAUUAAAUCAAAAUUUGAGCGCGAACAGUCGCUGUCUGAACCCCGACUAACAAUCGACCAGUGGAAAGCCUUUCUACGAGCCCAGGGGAUCUUCAAGAAUCUCAGCGAAGAGGAAGUAGUCUUUAUCAGAAGCAGGAUUGGUCUGGGAGGAACAUGGGACUGUUUGGUCCUUGCCAGUGACGUCCUCUUGGACAACAUCGAAGUUGAGAAGCGCUACAAGAGGAGGGAACGACAUCGCCAGGAGAUUGAAUCCCCAAAUCGCAGAGCUCUAACGUUUAUUCCUCUACAUUUUGACCUCAAGUCCCUCAGUCAACCAGACACUUUCAAAAACUUCCAGCAACUUUUGUUCAGCACACGGGUCCAUUUCGAGACUUCCUUCGACUCUGGCAGAUGGGCGGCAGAUGACCGAGGCUUGUACGCCAGAAGCGCUGAGCUCCGGGCUGGGUUGGCAGCGCUCAGCAAACUCUACAACAUGAUUUACCAUGCUUUGGGGCAAUUCAGGAUAGGCAGAAAUAAUAGGUCGGGAGCACUGAUACGAACAGCAUUUCUAAACCUCAAAGCCGUAGUGCAGAAUCACCACCAUCGCCAAUUCCCGGAUAUUCUUGCUAUCCUGCGCCUGCUUCAGCGGGAUGGGCACGUUAAAAUUCAGCAAUUACUGACAGAAUAUCUUGUCCACUGGGCAAGACUAGUCUUGUCUCGGAAUGAGCCUCGCAGAAUGAUGUUUGAAGCCCUGCAGAAAUUACCCAUGGACUCAGACGGUCAUUUAUAUCUUGCAUUUGAUGCCUACUGUCGACAUUUGUGGAUGUCGAAGGUCGCACAAGACGAAUUCAAGGCUCAUUAUUCUUACAAUCAAGCCAGCUUCCCGCGAGCCGAUCCAGGUGGUUUCUAUGACUUCUAUCGAGGGAAGAGUUUGAAUGAUAUCACAGCGACACUCGAAAGUGCCGAUAGGGAUUUAGGCCUGUAUAGCCACGAGACGUUUUGUGUAUGGCACACCGCUAUCCGGUACCUCUGGGAGGAAGAAAGGUACAGAGAUAUGGCAGGUCUCUGUCAAAGACUGUGCUGGCGUCUUGAGCUACUCGGAGAUGGAUACGAUUAUAGUCAGCAACUACAAUUGAACCUCGAUGCUUCGCUGACCUUUUAUUUGCUCGGAGAGGCACAGGCGGCGCAGGGAAACCUGCGUGAUGCUAGGACAGCCUUUGAGGCGUCAGUCAUGUUGCGAAGUCGGCUUGUCCCCAGUGAUUUUGACACUGGAAAAGUCGCUGCAUUGGGAAAGCUCGAGUCAGUUGUUACAAGGCUAGGGGAUGUGCUCGCAGCAAACCACUUCAGGGGACUGGUGAACACAAUAUACUCCGCCGUGGAAUCCAGAGAUAUGGAGGAGCGGGCAACAGACGCUACAGUGGUUGAAAUUCGGACAUGA